AUGCAUGUUAUUUCAGUAGGCGUGCUUGCAUUUCCUAUGCCUUAUAAUGACGAAAACCAAGUUUAUCUUUACACUCGCUCUGUAUAUGGGGACACCGGUGCUACUUUAGAUGCCAUGCCAUUCUUGCAAAAGCGCGGAAUUGCACUUUGGUGGGAGGAACAAAAGCUUAAGUUUAACAAAUGGAGAAACGACAGAUACAAUCGCAAAGCCGACCAGUCCAAGUAUGAUUUGAUAAAAAAUCAAAUCGAUCUAAACAAGCAAUUGGAAAAGGAUGGAUUAGGAGAGCUUAAAGUUAUACCAGGAUCAGAAGGCUUCCCAACUGGACAAAUGAUGGGACCGAUGGGGCCAAUGGGGCCGGAUAUGGGACCAAUGGGGCCGGAUAUGGGACCAAUGGGACCAGGACCGAUGGGACCAGAUAUGGGGCCAAUGGGGCCGGAUAUGGGGCCAAUGGGACCAGGACCGAUGGGACCGGAUAUGGGGCCAAUGGGGCCAGGACCGAUGGGGCCAGAUAUGGGACCAAUGAUGGGACCAGGACCCUCAGAUCUCAGUCUUUCUUCAAUGACUUCUAUGCCACAUCUUAAAUGCAUUCCUCGAUCAUAUUAUAUGGGAGGUGGUCCAGAUCUAAGUAUGCCAUUACCUGGCGAAGGCUAUUAG